CUCUUCUCAACGUGACAUGUGACGGGAGCGUCAACGUUGACCUGCUCAGCCUUUCUACUUGAUGACCGAAUUGGCUGUGUAGAGUGCCGUACCCCACUUGCUGACGCGGACGACCAGCUCAACGCAAUGGCUCACGCUGAAGGGGCGCAGCGCCGUGCGCACGCCAACGACGAUGGCGAAGAUGCUGGGAGAUAUGCAAACAAAAAGCAAAAGCGAUCGCAUGGAGAAUGGAGAGACAUAGGAAAGAAUGGCAUCGCCCAUCAUGUCACCGAAGCUGCGCAGCCCGAGGAAGGCCAGAGCGUACCCGUACCGAUUGCGCCGCCGACUGCUUCGAGCUUACGACUCGUAAAUGUAUUGCAGCAGGCACUGCACCAAGACUGGCAUCACAACACCUUUCCAUUCGAAGAUUAUGUCAAGCAGGAGCAAGGGCUCCGACUAGAUCACGAAUCGACCAUUUGCCCGACCUUUCUCAAGGAAGGAAAGUGUCCGCUAGGCAAUGCAUGCCCAAAGCGACAUGUCCCGCUGUUUCAGCCGCCACAUUCUUCGGCUUCCCACAAUCGCGAUGGCACCAAACGGACAGUCUGCAAGCACUGGCUGCGCGGACUCUGCAAGAAGGGUGACGGCUGUGAUUACUUGCACGAGUACGAUAUGCGGACCAUGCCAGAAUGCAGAUUCUUCGCUACCUUUGGAUAUUGCGAUAUGAGCAGUGGAACUGAAAGAGAGUGCUUGUACCUGCACCGGGACCCCAAGACGAAGAGAAGAGAAUGCGAAGAGUACAACCGGGGUUUCUGCCAGAAAGGUCCAUCUUGCCCUAAGAAGCACAUUCGCCGCGUCAUUUGCCCGCACUACCUCGCAGGCUUCUGUCCAAAAGGCAAAGACUGCCAGAGGGGGCAUCCAAAGGUCUCGCGCCCAUCUGUCGAAUCGCGCCGCAAUUCGCUCAUCCAGACGGUGCGGCCGAUGACAGCAGAAGAAGCUUUCGCGCCACCGCCACACUUGCGUGACCGCCAGCCGUAUCGCAGUGGUCCAGGUGGUGGUACUGGCGGUGAGAUGGGAGGUCGUGACUACCACCGUAUGACGGGAGCAGACGACCACGAAGGUUCGCGACGGACUGGCAUGAAUGCCUUCUCGCAGCAAGGGGGUGCGCGGCAGUGGGGCAAUCAACGUGGUGAGCAGAUAUCACAGUCUGGCAUGCCCCCAGCGCAAGGAAUGCCGCCCCCGACACUUCCCCCGGGCCUUCAACAUCUGGCUCAGCAAGGAGGCUUAACCCCCUCGCAGUCAGGCUCGGAUCUCGGCACACCUGGUCCAGCAGGCGGCGAGGAUGCCUUCAGUGUCAUUCCAGGAUUUGGCAAUGCCAAUGCUGCCACUUCGUUCGCCAUGACCCAACAAAUGCAGCAGCAACAGCAAGUCAUACGCGGCACUCCUCCUUUCAAUGGUGCCGGAUUCGAUGGAGGUGCGGGCGGACAUGGGGCAGUUGCAGGCGCCAGCGCCGGAGGACCGGGUGGCCGUCCGCCGAGGAAAUUCUUGAAGGAUUUAAGCGAGGUUCUAUGCUUCAAGUGCGGCGAGCUGGGUCACUUUGCGAACAUGUGCCCCAACCCGAACAAGCCAGGGCAGAGGGGCCGAGGCCAGGAGCGUGGCAGAGGAGGUGCACCUCUGGAACGUGGUGGAGGUCAUCAUGGUGGAGCUGGUUCGUUCACUGGUGGGCCGCCCUCACACUAGCAGCAGCAGCAGUAAAAUUGGUAGUUUUUCGAAGUUGGUUCAAGCAUGCAUGUACUUUCGCCUCAUUUGCAAUCAUGCCGCGCAG